ACAACACCGUGCUCACCUCCACAUCAGUCACAAUGGCCUCCUUCACUCGCCUCGUCCGCUUCCUCGCCCGCGACGGCCGCACCUACUACGGUGACGCCAUCCUCCCCCAGGGCGUCUCCGACAUCCGGGCCGCCAAGCAAGCCCGCCUCAUCACCGGCGACAUCUUUGGCUCAUACACCGUAACCGACCAAGUGGCCGACAUCCGCCUGCUGCUUUCCCCCUUGGCCCCGGAGGACGUCCGUACCGUCCGCUUCCUGGGUCUCAACUACGAGCAACACGCCCGCGAAGCCAACAUGCCCAUCCCCACCUACCCCGUCCUCUUUUACAAGCCCGUCACCUCGCUCUCGGGCCCCACGGACCCCAUCCCCAUCUCCCGCAUGGCGCAGGAGGGCGAAGGCCUGGAUUACGAGUGUGAGCUGGUCGCUAUCAUUGGCAAGCGCUGUCGCGACGUGUCAGAGGACCAGGCACUCGAUUAUGUCUUGGGUUAUGCCGUCGGUAACGACGUCAGCCAUCGGGAUUGGCAGAUUAAGCGCGGUGGUGGGCAGUGGUCUCUCGGAAAGGGGUUCGAUGGGUGGGCGCCGUUUGGUCCGGGUAUCGUUAGCAAGGACUUGAUUAAGGAUCCGCAGACGCUCAAGAUUAGCACAAAGUUGAACGGGAAGAAGGUGCAGGAGAGCAGCACGGCGGAUAUGAUCUUCUCGGUCAAGAAGACGAUUGCCUUUUUGAGCCGGGGGACGACACUGUUGCCGGGUGAUGUCAUCUGGACUGGAACUCCUCAGGGUGUCGGUAUGGGCCGCAAGCCCCAGCUUUGGCUCAAGAAUGGUGAUGUUGUCGAGGUGGAGCUCGAGAAGGUUGGCACUUGCAAGAACAAGGUCGAAUUUGAGGCUUCUGGACCUUCUUCCAAGCUCUAAUCUAAUACAGAGGUGGACAUAAUUGGAUAUAAAUUGAACAUGUUUGCAACGAUCGCGCGGUAUUGUUCACCAUUCAAGCAGGCGAAAGAUGGAAUGAACAAAGCGUCCAGUUACUUAUUCC